ACUGCCCCCCCUCUCUCUCCCUCUUUUCUCUCUCUCUGUCCCCAUAACUUUGGAACGCUCACCUUUGCAUAACCGCCACAUGAUUUCUUCAGUUCUUUCUUUCGUUCCUAUAUUGCCCCUCUCUUAUUCUCUCCCUCAUAAACAAACAAGCCUACUCAUCUCAAUCAUCAAAUUUGGUAGUAGCUGGACUCAAAAGCGCUUUCUUGGUUUCCCUGAAAGAUCCUUUGUCCAUUUCUUCACAGGUUAUUACUGCCAAAGUUCAGAUUCAAAAUCAAACCCCAAAAGAAGUUUCUCUUCUUUCAACACUUGCUCUCAUUCUUAUAUUCUCCUUCUCUGUGUCAUUGUUCUUCCUUCAUCACCCAUCUAAGGCAACAUGAAUAAUUUUCUUCUUCUGUUCCUACUCAUUUGGGUAUCAAGCUUUUCCCCUUCAGUUUCUCAUUUUUUUGCAAAUGCUGAAGCUCAAUCUCCAGGUAUAGCGGAGGUUAGAGAAGGCCAUCACCAGAAUUUGAACAAGAGAAUUCUAAUAGCACUUAUUGUUUGUUCUGCUCUUCUUGUUUCAAUCUUCCUAAUUUUAACAUAUAUCUGGUUUCAUCGACACAAAAUCUUCAAAGUCCCCAGUUCUAAAAGCACCGAGAAUAUCGAAGCUGCAAAAGGGGCGUCACUUAGCCCUAUUGAUGUUAAAUUUAAUUACUCAAAAAUGGUAGACAAGAAGAGUUCAAUUGCUAUAUUUGACUUCGAGUUGUUAGAGGUUGCAACAAACAACUUUGCCAAUAGUAAUAUUCUGGGUGAGAGUGGUUCUAGGCUAGUUUACAGGGCUUGUUUUGAUGAGCAUCUCAAGGCAGCUGUGAAGAAAGCAGAUAGCACUGCUGAUAGAGAAUUUGAGAAUGAAGUGAAUUGGUUAAGUAAGAUUCGACAUCAGAAUAUCAUAAAACUUCUUGGUUACUGUAUUCACGGUGAAUCAAGGUUUCUUGUAUAUGAAAUGAUGGAGAAUGGAUCUUUGGAAACUCAAUUACAUGGGCCCAAUCAUGGAUCAUCUUUAAAUUGGUGUCUCCGGUUAAGAAUUGCUGUUGAUGUCGCCAGAGCAUUAGAAUAUCUCCAUGAGCACUCUAAUCCUCCUGUGGUUCAUAGAGACCUAAAAUCUUCUAAUGUUCUUCUGGAUUCUCGUUUUAAUGCCAAGCUAUCAGAUUUUGGGCUUGCUGUAAGUUCUGGAAUGCAAGACAAGAACAUAAAGAUGUCAGGAACUUUGGGUUAUGUAGCACCUGAGUACAUAUCACACGGUAGGCUAACUGAUAAGAGUGAUGUAUAUGCUUUUGGGGUUAUCCUUCUUGAGCUUCUAACAGGAAGAAAAGCCAUGGACAAUAUGUCCUCAGACCAAUACCAAUCCAUUGUCACAUGGGCCAUGCCUCAGCUAACUGACAGAACAAAACUUUCAAGUAUUAUAGAUCCUGUAAUCAGAAACACAAUGGAUUUGAAGCAUUUAUAUCAGGUUGCUGCAGUGGCUGUACUUUGUGUUCAACCAGAACCAAGUUAUCGGCCGCUAAUUACUGAUGUCCUGCACUCUCUUAUCCCUUUGGUACCUACAGAACUGGGAGGGUCACUCAGAGUUUCAGAAUCAGUCUGCCCUGAGAAUUUGGGUUGAUUCUGGAGAUGGUUAAAACUCUGAUGUCGCUGCAAAGUUUGUAUUUUGAAGAAGAAAGAUGAUCAAUUAUCAUGUUUUGGAGGUGACAGAGCAUGGUAGUUUGUAAAUCCUGGUGAGAUUACAGAUUACAUUCUAUUUUAGGAUUAGCUGGGGGUUAUCUAGUCCUUGUUGUUGCGAACAAAUUACAAUCCUAAGCUGAAAGAAUCAGCCUUGAGUUUUGUUCUCUCCCAGACAUUUAUGAAUUAUAAGUGAAAUAUAUGAUUCUCAUGGUAAAUUUAAAACAUCAAA